AACCGGCAAGAGGAAGCAGCAGCACAAUUGUCAAGUAUUUUUCACAUAUUGCAGGAGCAAUUUAAAGUCAUAGGAAUUUAGGGCAGGAUUACAUGUCUGAUACGCGCAAGGAUCCCUGCAAAGCCAACGCCUGCCGCAUUCAAGCCUGUCUGAACAAGAAUCACUACCAGGAGGACAAGUGCUUGGAUGUCCUUGAGGCAAUGCGCCAGUGCUGUCUGAAGUGGCAUAAGGAAUCGCUUUGCUGCAGUGGAAUCGAUCUGGAGAAGACGUAUCUACCAGAAGCAUCCAAGGAAAAGAAACCAACCGGCAAGUCGAACAAAUAAUGUCCAUGCCGCAGUAUAAGCCUCCGAAGGAAAUUCAAGACUUGCUAGACAAAAAGGAGCAGCAGCAGGCAAAUCAGCGCAGGCGCACCGCUGUGCUUCCCAAACGCUCGUGGAUUCAGCGGAACCCACGCCUGUUCCAGAUCUCCUUCAUCACAGGUUCAUUGCUGAUCUUUUUCUCCAAGCCCCUGUAC